AUGGAUAAUCAUGAUUUUACGGAGGCCUACCUCGAGAUCCUAAUCGAUGACAUGGAUGAGACUAUCCCAUAUUCCGAGUUUCUCUGCCCUCUUUGCAAGAAAUUUCCCGAAAAUAUAGAACAUCUCAUGGGGAAAGACAAUGCCGAGCCACAACUGAUCCGCAACAUCCUACUAAGCCACGUCGCCAACCAUCUUGAGUCACUGUCAUUGAAGGCGCUUCCUUCUCUUCAGCAUCCUGACCUCGACGGCCAGAACAUUCCGCGACAACCGAGCGGAGAGGAAGCUAUCUGCAGAGCGCUUUCACCUGACGAGAUUGAGGGGGAUUUCAUUUUCACUCACGAUAAGAAGAGUCUCCUUGCCGAAAAUGGCCAAACCAUACCCCAGCUCGAGCAAUGCCAAUACUGCAAGAAGAAUGGUCCUAGAGCCGCCAUCCCGCUCCAUACGGCUAUGCGAUUUUUAGUUUCUUACAACACUCGUUUUGGUAAGGAGAUCGGCUACUUCAAAACCUGUCCAUGCUGCGGGCAGAACCGAGACUUCUGGCCUAACCCAGACAAUUGGCCGCUGGACAUCAAUACCUCUAUAGCUCUUGACCGAAGGACUCCCUACGACCAAGAAUUCCCAGACCAUUACCAUCUGCAAGUCGGUGCAAAUGAUAUCGACACAAACUGGAUCCAUCUUUGGAUGUCAUGGUAUGAACGGUGUAGAUGGUCCCGCCGCGGCAAUCCAAUGGACCCAAUCUUGAUGCGUUUAACUUACUCUGUCGAUCUAGGGUCACCUUCGCAUGUGUCUGACCCCAAAGCUUGGGGCCUCUACUUCAGGCUCGACGCUGGCCCAAAGAAACUGGCAGCCGUAGCGCGGAUUGGCAAUGCCCAAGCAGCUCGUGAGCUCAUAGAGAACGGACACAAUGUCGAUAUGGUAGACCAACAUGGAAUGUCACCUCUGCUAUGGGCGGCUGUGCAGGGACACGAGGAGAUGGUCCGAUUGCUUCUCGAGAAUAAGGCGGAGAUUGAGAAGUGCGACAAAACAUUCCAUCGAACACCAUUAUCAUUAGCAGCCCUCGGAGGUCACAAGGCUGUUGUAGACCUACUUCUCAGGGAUGGAGCGAAUGUAGACUCUCCUGAUUCGUCACGUCUCACACCACUCUUCUGGGCUGUUAUAGGAGGCCAUGAAUCGGUCAUAAAAUCGCUACUAGCCUUCGGGGCACGCUAUCAAGAUCCAGGUCCAGAUUUUUUCAUGCCCUAUUCAAGAGAUGAAGAGUCAGGCGAUGGAAAGUAUUCCAGCCGUACACGUUUCCGUUAUACAGCAUUGAUCGACCCGUGCAAGUUGAAAUGCUUCUCAUCAGCCAUAGAAAAGGGAGAUAAGAGAGCUAUAUAUCAGUACCUUGAGCCUCUUCCCUUUCCUGAACUUGAGCGUAUUGAUAUUCAUGGAUUCAAUAUCGGUUCUAAGAAGACCAUCUUGGACUUUGCUAUCGAGAGCGGGAACUGGGAAAUUACCCUCAUUCUUUUACAAUACGACGGCGAGAUGGUCCGACCCGGAUCCGUCACGAUGGCUCGUCAAUUAUUCCAGGUGUACAAGGGAGGGGAUGGAGCUUCAUCCGUCGUCGACUGA